AUGGUUGCCAUUGCUUCAGUUCAUGGUUUACCAGGAGGUGGAAAAAAUAAAUUAAAAGGACAACAGCAACAGCAAUGUCCAAAUAUUUGUCCAGCUAAUUACGAUCCUGUUUGUGCUGCCGAUUUAAACGAUUCAAAAUCUUCUCCGAGACUUUUUGGAAAUAAAUGCGUUUUAAACACUCACAAUUGCGAACACAAUUCACGUAAAUAUUAA